CCCCUGUAGAACUGGAUCCUGGUGGUCAUGUGAUUUUGAUCAGCCUAGCUAGCUAACUGAUAGAAGUCAACGUUUCAUUCUGUAGUAGGUACAUUUGUCGACUUUGCACAAUAAGCGUUAGACUAUAAUUUAUAAUAAUGCGGUUGGUGUUAUCUGAUGAACAUAAGGAGCACCUGGGGUUUCUGCCAGAGGUGGACUCUGCGGUGGUUGGUGAAUUUGGACGAAUAGCGGUCGAGUUCCUGCGAAAGGGAACAAACCCUAAGAUCUAUGAGGGGGCUGCCAGGAAGCUGAGUGUUGACGCAGAGACCGUACAGCAUGGCGUGGAGGGGAUCAUGUACCUGCUCACCGAGAGCUCCAAACUCAUGAUCUCUGAGGUGGACUUUCAGGACUCAGUGCUGGUGCUGGGCUUCACCGAGGAGCUGAACCAGCUGCUGCUGCAGCUCUACCUGGACCACAGGAAGGAGAUCCGACACAUCCUCAGUGAACUCACCCCCUCACUGCCACACUACCACAACCUGGAGUGGAGGCUGGAUGUGCUGCUGGCCAGUCGUGCCCUCCGGCAGCAGAUAAAGCCUACAGUGAGUAUGAAGCUGCACCUGGGGGAGAGUGGCGGUGAGAAGAGUGUUAAGGUGCUACAGACUGACCCUGCCACCCUGAUGCACCUCAUCCAGGAGCUGGAGAAAGCUCUGGCUGAGCUCAAGACCACCCAUUGCCGCAGGAUCCUGCGCAACAUCAAAUAGGGUCCC